AUGCCGCUACAGAUUAUAGGUGCUGGUUACAGUAGAACAGGUACUCUUAGCUUAUGUCAAGCGUUGGAAACAUUGGGCUUCAAGACACACCAUGGCAUGAGCGUUAUCACUGAUCCAAAGCAAGAUCCAAGCAUAUGGUGGUCAUCGUUACAACAACAGCAGCAACAGCAAUACAUGAACAAGACCAUAGUGGAUUGGGAGAAGGCUUACAAGAACUAUGAUGCAGCUGUCGAUUGGCCUACGUGUGUAUUUUACAAGGAGUUGAUGCAACAUUAUCCUGAAAGCAGAGUGAUCUUGGUGGUGCGAUCUCCCGAGAGUUGGUAUAAAUCCGUGCAACGUACAAUAUUGCCUCUGGUACGGUUAUCCCGCAAGUUCAAGGAUCGCAUGUUACCUGAACAUGUCAAGCAAGUCCGUGCCUUGUGGUUGCAAUCAUUCAUCUACAAGGAUGAACAACAAAAAGUGCCUAUGGAUGUGAAUGAGGUGUACAACUUUCUCUUUGAUCCAGCUGCUAUGCGUCAAAUGUAUAUGGAUCACAUCGAAGAUGUCAAAAGAUCGGUGCCUGCUGAGCGUUUAUUGGUCAUGACAUUGGGACGUGAUGGAUGGGAUCCUCUUUGCCAAUUUCUUGGCGUCCCAAUUCCUAAAGAUCUUCCGUAUCCUUGCAGCAAUUCAAGCGACGAUUUUUCCGAUCUUUUUUGGUCAGCCAUGCGUCAUAAAAAGAGAACAAAGAAGGCAGCAACGGCAUACAGCAUUGAAUCGCGCAAUAAUAGUAGUCGCCUUCUGAAAUAG